AUGAAAUCCUCUUUCUUCACCGCUCUUGUCGGCGGCAUCGUCGCACAGCGUGCCGCCGCCACCCCUGCAGACGAGUUGUUCGGGCGCCAAGCUGGGUGCAACCGUGAUAACUGCUUCCGCGCGCUGCUCGGCGCCAAGCCCGGGCCAGCAUCGGCGUCGGCCGACUGUGCUUCAUGGAUGCAGGUCACCGAAACGCCUUGUACUUCAACCGCAACCGAGACAGCAACCGUCACUUCGUACACCACUACCUUGGUCAACGCCUACCCGGGACUCAAGAAGAUGAAGCGUGAGGAGCUCGAAGGGCGUCAGGCCUUGUCCACCACUGCUGCUGCUCCAGCCUGCACACCCGCGCAGAACCGCCCGAGCAGCCUGCCGGCCUACAUCGAAACGGCUUGCAAAAACACUGUUGGGACACUCGGCCCUACGGCGCGCUACUCAUCCGCCUGCUCGUGUGACGGCAUCGCCGCUGCAACAACCACGCUCUCAACCCCGGUCACCACCGUUACCGUCACGAGCACCGUUGAGGCUGCCUUCACGCCCACGGCCACACCCACGGCAUUCGUCCUGCAGGGUUCCGGUGAUCGCAGCCUAUACGUAACAGUCGACGGUUCAGGUGCCCUGCGCCUCGUCCGCGAUGCCACUGCCGCCACGCCAUUCUACGUCGAUAAGGCCGGGCAAUUGCGGAACUUGAACAGCCCGGACAAAGUGCUCGUAGACUACUACCAGCCAGAUCCUGCCACCGCGAACGAUAAGGUCUACAGCGAUCUCCAGGGCACCGGAAACUAUCCCAUCACUUGCUCGUACGUCGGCCGUACUUCUGAUGCUUACUACGGCAACUGUCAAUCGAGCGGCUCCCCCACCGGAAACCCUGUUGUGUAUGGCUUUGGGUACUGCCCGAACCAGGGUGGAUACGUCUACAUGAUCCCGAAUAACUCAAAUGUUCAUUGUGCCGGAGGCUAUGCUUUCUUGGGCUUCUUCUUGGAGGCGUACACGAAAAACUGA